AUGAUAAAAGGUGCGGGCGGAAUUUUCAGCCUAUUCAUUCAUAGAGGCUUUUAUCCGCUUAACAACAGGUCAUUUUCACACACAGCGGGUAUCUUGUCAAAGACGCAACAAUUUCUAAUAACCAGAACGAUCAAUGCUCCUGCCGCCGAUGUUUACGAUGUGGUUUCCGAUAUAUCUGAAUACAAAAAGUUCAUGAAAUACUGUAAUGAAUCCUUCGUCGACAAAAGAGACCCUGAGACAGGUAAACCUAGCGAGGCUGGUUUGAGGGUGGGUUUUCAGCACUAUGACGAAACAUUCGUUUGCCAAAUAAGGUGUCUGGAAGAGAGAGACAACAAUUAUACUGUGGUGGCAAACUCACUGACCCAUAGCUUGUUUAAAGCUCUGCAAACGAAAUGGAGCAUCAAGCCCCAUCAGAUGAGACCCGGGGUGACUGAGGCCAUACUUUGCCUGGAGUUUCAAUUCAAAAAUGGUUUAUAUAAUAACGUGGCGUCUAUCUUCGGCAAAAGUGUCACUGAACUCGUCAUGAAAUCGUUCGAAAGGCGCAUUUUUACCUUGAGACGGCAAAAUUUGAAAGGUAAGCCUGCGGAUGCUCCGUAG